AUGACUGGUCUUUCGCCGGAUUACGACUACCUGUUCAAACUCUUGCUGAUUGGCGACUCGGGCGUAGGGAAGUCGUGUCUCUUGCUGCGGUUCGCCGAUGACACGUACACCGAGUCGUACAUCUCGACCAUCGGCGUCGACUUCAAGAUCCGUACGAUUGAGCUAGAAGGCAAGACAGUGAAGCUGCAGAUCUGGGAUACUGCUGGGCAGGAGCGGUUUCGUACUAUUACAUCUUCGUACUACCGCGGUGCACACGGCAUCAUUGUGGUGUACGACAUCACCGAUGAGGCGACCUUUACCAAUGUCAAGCAGUGGCUGCAGGAAAUUGAGCGAUACGCGUGUGAGGGCGUAAACAAGCUUCUUGUCGGGAACAAGGCGGACCUGGGCAGCAGUAGGGCCGUCGAAUACGAGGCGGCGAAGCAGUUUGCCGACGGACUCAACAUUCCUUUCCUCGAGACCAGUGCAAAGGACGCGACGAAUGUCGAGCAGGCAUUCUUGACCAUGGCCAAACAGAUCAAGGACCGUAUGGGUGCUACUGCGAUGCAGAAUAAUGCGGCUGGAAAGUCCACGCUCAAGGUCGGCCAGGGCCAGAAUUUGCAGGCAAGUCAGGGCGGCGGUUGCUGUUAA